CGUGAUAUGUAAAAAUGCCCCGGCUUCAUUCGCACCACGCUCUCUGGCCACACCACCUCUGGUCUUGGUAGUAUCAACAAUUAGCCUGAUCCAAGCUCUUCACCGAUCAAACAACACCAUUGCUCUUCCAUGGAUGCAGGCUUCGUGUUUAUUCGGAAACGCCCGACCGUUGAAAUUUGUCUACGAAAUCUGUGGAAACUUCUACAGAAAAAAUCCGCACGGUGCUCGGUGUUUCUAAUGAGACGACGUUUGAUGCUUACGUCAAACCAUAGCCUCUUUUACGCGCUUUAGAUGUCUGCAAUCACUUCAAGCAUGGGCUUGUACUUUAUGACUAUAGAUUUAUUUUGGUCACAGCGGUAUUCACGAGAGGUAGAAUCAUCCUCACGAGAUGGGACACCUUUAUCCGAGAAGGUUACAAUAGCUUCACAUUUGCUCUAGUGUUUAGACCUUCAAUUGGCCGUCUGAUCAAUCCAUGCCUGUUUGAAUGUUUGACUGCAUCUAUGCUGCGCAAUACGUAUAGAUGAUGUGGAACACCCCUCGUUGAAAAAAUGACCCCCAAGCGUCUGUCGUUGCCAGACAUAAAGACAGUGGUACCCCGUCGAAAGUGACGAUGGUUUUCUCGUUUCCCUAUCCCGUUUUGCUACAUUUGCGGUACAGAUGUAUUUCCUUCUUUAUGCUAAUAUAUGCAUUAGCAUUUUACUGUCAUGCACUGAUGCAUUGAUAUUUCCCAAUAUAAACACUCGCGGGUACAAUAGCACGAGAUCCAAUGACACGAUAUCUAAUGUCACGAGAUCUAGGAAUAGCCUCAGAAUUCAACCUCUCGGUAACUCGAUAACUUACGGCUUCUUAUCUAGUGAUGGGAAUGGCUUUCGCCUUGGCCUUCGUAAUCUACUCACGUCUGCUGGAAACACCGUUCAAUAUGUGGGCUCGGUUCGAGCAGGCAACAUGAGUGACAAUUUCAAUGAGGGUCAUCCAGGAGCCGUUAUCUCCCAAAUUGCCGAAUAUGCGAAGUUGUCUCUUCCCGAGGAUCCUAACCUGGUUUUGCUUAUGGCUGGUACGAACGACAUGAACAAUUUCGACAAUGUCACCACGGCUCCAGAGCGACUCAGUGGACUCAUCGAUGAGAUCACUUCUGCAGUUCCAAAUGUUACUCUCAUAGUUGCUCAGCUUACCCCCGCUUCGAAUACCACCGUAGAUGACGCAAUGGUCGCUUUCAAUUCCAAGAUACCCGAUAUCGUUGCAUCCAAAGUUUCCGCUGGUCAAAAGGUUUUCACAGUCAACAUGAUGGACUAUGUCACUGUGAAUGACUUAGUAGAUGGACUUCAUCCAACAGAUUAUGGAUAUCAGCAAAUGGCGAAAGCAUGGUUCGCUGGAAUUCAGCAAGUACAGAAAAAUGGGUGGAUAGAUUCUCCAAUUUCCACCAACGUCACUUUGGCCCUUCAGACGGCGGUUGCAGCUAGUACAGGUACAAGUACUGUCAGAAGUCCCAGCGCAAGCUCCACUAGUACCCAAACCACCAGCACAACUAUGAGCAUCGGUAGUAGCAUGGCAUCUUCCAAAUCAGCCUCCGACCGAAGUUUUCAUAACCCUUCGAUUAGUACCGUGUGUCUUUUAGUUUUGGCCAGCUACUUUUUAUACGCCUGAUCACCUUGAAUAACCACUUUAAUCUCAAGGGUUUUCUCUUCGUUAGGCUUGACUUUAGGAUGAACAUUCAGCAAUUGUUUUCAGCUACUAUAUAAUUUCCGGAAUUCUCAUGAAUAUCGAACACAAUCAGGAAUCACAAAUCUUGCUCGGCUUAGACGACUUGGUAUAGGUACCUAGGUACAGCAACAAACGAGGUUUUGGCUCAAGUGAUUGACCGAGCACACUCCCAGGUAUAUAAUCGAAAGCUCGAUCAUGAAUAGAGUACGGGAAUGUAAGAUCACUAGACAUAGUGGGAGAUAUCCAGGCGCAAGAAUCUUUGUAUAUACGAGUAUUAAUUAAUUGAUAAUUUUUUCCCU